UUGUUGUCAAAGAAGAUACCCUUCUUUAGUAUAAAAAUACGAUUCUCGAUCGUAUUCCCUUUUAUUUAUAAACCACCCUCUGCACUAUUCGUUUCUUUCUAUGCUUAAUUAGAUAUGUGUUUGGACUCUCCUUCUCUCUCUCUUUCUUCUUCUCUUUGGCUUUCUUCUAUCCAUUCUUGAAGUCAUUCAUUUUCUUGACAUAUCAAACGAACAUGAGACGAAACUGCAAUCUUGAACUCCAACUUUUUCCUUUCUCCGAUCCCGACCACCACCCACCUGUAUUGUAAGUUCUCUCUCUUCACUAUAUACAUGGAGGAGAAGGAGACUAGUGAUGAGCAAAGCCCACAGCAUAGUCAACAGCUCACUAUUUUCUACAAUGGAAGGGUUUGCGUCUGUGAUGUCACGGAGCUCCAGGCAAGAGCCAUUCUGUUGCUAGCAAGUAGAGAAAUGGAAGAGAAUCUGCGAACCCCAACUGGGUCAGAAGUAGCUUCUCCAAGUUUGCCAUCUCCGCUGUGUACCCCUAUGGCUGCUGGCCUUUCCAUGAAGAGAUCAAUCCAACGGUUCCUCCAGAAGAGGAAGCAUAGGGUCCAAGCGAUUUCUCCUUACAAUCAUUAAUAUUAAUUAACCUUAAUAUUAUGCAUGGAGCAUGGGCUUUUGACGCUUAUAUAUAGUUGAGAAAGUAAAAUUUUCAGUAUAGAAUUAAAUCAUGUUAAUCAAUUAAUAUUUCUCUAGAGGAAUCCUUCUGAUGAAUGGAUAUAUGUAUGCCAUGGGGCUUGUAAAUAAUGAUUAAUGUAUUAAGUGUGGCUUAUAUUAACUAAUGCUAUAUAUUUCUUAGAACUA